CCUUGUUCCACAGAUCCUGUCCAAGUUUCUUAAGUCAACGACAUGUGUUGAUGCCAAGCACAUGUCCUAGUUUUGGGGGGGUUUUUUUGUGGUGAUUUGUCGAUAAAUAUUUUGCACUCUCUUUGUUAUUUCCGCCCUCUUGUUCGGACCAGCAAUUACCGAGUGGACAUUCCAAGCCAUUUUUUGGACUAUCCUUGCCAAGACUCGCUAAACGGCUACAGUGUUGACAGCGCUGCGACAAUCGCUAUACUUUUCUCGCUCACAUCACUUACCACCCCGAACCCUACGAUUCCGACAAGGCUUCCUUUGGGGCCCUCAGUAAUAACACCAACCAGCCAGCUUCCUCGUGGGAUAAUAUUGAACCAGGCACGCUGCUCUUUUUGACGCCUUCUUUUGUUUUGUUGUUAUCCUUCAAUCGCUCAAAGAACCUGGCUUUCAACGCCAUCAAGUAAAAAUAGACUUAGAACAAGAGCUACAACAAGGACUUGGAAACAAACGGCAUCAUUUGCAAGCGAACUUUUAUUGGUUUCUUGGGUCAAAAUAUCACAUACAACCAGCCGAUGGAGUCAAUCUGCUCGUCUCAGCUCGCCCAAGUAUCCAUUUGUUCUCAUUUCGACUAAUCUCAUCUUUAAUCUCACUUACCGUCCUCGUCAGCUCUCACUCAGCUGGUGCUCUUUUGGUCACAACCACAACAAGCAAACCGAGCGCGAGGUGUCAACCUUCCGCCAUCAGCAUGGGUGGCUCAGCCUUUACAGGAUCACCUUACCUCCUAAGAACGCCGCGCAUGCCACCCGAGGUGUACCGGCACAUGGUCACGCAUUGCCACACUGCACUUUCCGGUUUGUUUCGGACAGUGACGGCACCUGUCGAGGCACCCGCCAAGGACAGCUUUGGAGACGUUGACUUUCUUGUUGCCGAGCCGAUUGAUGCAGAUGUCGAUGGGUCUUCAAACAUAAGCGAGCCGGAGGAAGAAAAGAAGCCAAAGACUGCUGGACCACCGGUGAUUUGGACAAAGAUUGAGCAUGCACUGGGGGCUGUAAGGCUCAAGUACAACGGCAAGGACACCACUGCCAACUUUGCCUUGCCUUGGCCACAGAAGUACGCCGGACUGAAGGGCAGUUUGGUGGACAGAAAUUCAGCCAAUGAUCAGCAAGUAAAGCUGGACGAUGGCACUCCAACGCACAUUGGCAAAAACAACCUGGCAGUGCCAGAUGCGGACAUCACAAAGGUUGAAGAAAAGCUAGCCGAUGAUGACCAAGAAACCGACGACUACGUCCAAGUCGACAUUCGAAUCUGCAAAACCGUCAAGCAGCUCCUCUGGGCCGCCUUCAAGCACGCCCACGGCGACAUGUGGCAGCUCCUGGGCACCAUAAUCCGGCCGCUCGGCCUCAAAGCCGACGAGACGGCCCUGUAUCUAAUCACGCCAGAGAUCGAGCCCAUCAACAAGAAGCGCGCCAUGGUCUUUCUCUCGGACGACCCGGGUCAAGUCUGCGACUUCCUGGGCCUGCCCCACGCCGACGGACAGUGGGAGAAGCCCUUCGGCUCUGUCGAUGACAUGUUUGCCUACGCUUCCCAAUGCCGCUUCUUCUGGAUCUGGCCACAGGCGGCAUCGGACAAUGCCGACACCACACCCGACCCGCUCUCGCCCACCAGGACGCAGACGGCCAACGACCGCCGCCGCAUCAAGACCCGCCCUGCCUACCGCACCUGGGUCGACGACUUCAUCCCGCGCCUGCGCUCCCAGGGCCAGCACGCUCCGCCAGCCGACCUCGCCUCAUUUUCCAAAGACGCGCUGCGCGACCACGUCCGCGAAGAGUGCUUCCGCUUCUUCCCGGCCUCGCGCGCGCUCUACGCGUCCCAGCUGGCGGCCUGGACGGCGGAGCGGCAGGAGCUCGCGGUGCGGUCGGAGCUGAUCAAGGCGGUGGUGUCGGAGGAGGCGGUCGCGGCGCACCCGGGCUACGACCCCGUGCACGGCAGCUCGAGGGGCGUGGUGCUGGCGGCCCUCAAGAAGAUCGUCGUGGAGGGAGAUGCGUCGUACGGCGGGAUCGUGCCCUCGUCGCCGCUGCGCAACCCCGACGGCACCUGGCGCAUGGACGAGGCCGCCUCUUGGUUGCGGGAGAAUUGGGCCGCCGUGGCGGAGGUCGCGUGGGCCAUGAACCGGGCGAAAUGUGCUGAGAACAUGAAGGCCAAGAUGAAGAGGAAGGCGGAGGAGGCGGAGGGGAAGGGUGGUGGGCAUGAGGUGAUGGUCGAGGCUGGGAAUGGCGUUGGGGUUACGCGUGUCGUGGCUGCAGCGCUGUUGGAGUCGUCGGCUUCGCCUGCCAAACAUCCGGUACCAGUGGCGGGUGGACUUCCCUGGGAUGCCGACGGCGAUGGCCUCGUCGGUGGAAGCGGGUCGAAAUCACCGGUGACGAGCUGCCAACAGCGCCUUCAUGAUCAGCAUCUGGAUAAGAAGCAGGCUGUCUGAGGAUGUGAUUCGAGUUCAAAUGGGUUAGCCUGGGUACAUAUGGUAUUCUAAGAAAGUGUCAUCACCGGGCUGCAGCGGGUGCAACUUAGAAGAAAAAGCAAAUGAAUGGAUGGGGGAAGGAUUUGCUGUUGCCGAGACUGCCAGACACCAAUUUUUCAUGGGGGAACUCAACGAUUAACGAAGCACGAUUAAUUCAUAGGCUCUUGACGGGUUACAGGACGACUGGGGCUGGGAACCAUUUUCUUUGUAAAGUAAUGACAUCUUGGGAAUAUGCCAAGCAAGUAUUUCACGAGCCUGAUGCAGGCGUGUGUCAAUAUAGGAAGGCUUGAGCAUGCGGAUGUUAGCAAGUGAUUGGUAAACAAAUCUUUUUAGAGAUUCACAAAUUCACCCUAGCCACCGGUCGAAGGUCUUCGCUAAGCCUGCGACAAAUAUAAAACCCAAGUGUCAUGCUCCUUUU